AUGACAAUCAAAGUUGUACCAUUGGGGGCAGGACAAGAUGUUGGUAGAAGUUGUGUUAUUGUUACGAUUGGAAAUAAAAAUAUUAUGUUUGAUUGUGGUAUGCAUAUGGGUAUGAAUGAUGCAAGGCGUUUUCCUGAUUUCUCAUAUAUAUCAAAGAAUGGUCAAUUUACAAAAGUUAUUGAUUGUGUUAUUAUAACUCAUUUUCAUUUAGAUCAUUGUGGAGCAUUACCAUUUUUUACAGAAAUGUGUGGAUAUGAUGGACCAAUUUAUAUGACAUUACCAACCAAAGCGAUUUGUCCAAUUUUAUUAGAAGAUUAUAGAAAGAUUACAGUUGAAAAGAAAGGUGAAACCAACUUUUUCACAGCACAGAUGAUUAAAGAUUGUAUGAAAAAGGUGAUACCUGUGAAUUUGCAUCAGACAAUUAAAGUGGAUGAAGAGCUAUCGAUUAAGGCAUACUACGCCGGACAUGUGUUGGGCGCAGCGAUGUUUUAUGCAAAAGUUGGUGACGAAAGUGUAGUUUACACAGGUGAUUACAAUAUGACACCAGAUAGACAUUUAGGAAGUGCUUGGAUCGAUCAAGUUAAACCAGACGUUUUAAUCACUGAAACUACCUAUGCAACCACUAUAAGAGACUCAAAACGUGGUAGAGAAAGAGAUUUUCUUAAACGUAUUCACGAAUGUGUGGAAAAGGGUGGCAAGGUAUUGAUACCGGUGUUUGCCUUGGGCAGGGUCCAAGAACUUUGCAUCCUAAUUGACUCGUAUUGGGAACAAAUGAAUCUUGGUCAUAUUCCAAUCUAUUUCUCUGCUGGUUUAGCAGAGAAAGCAAAUCUAUAUUAUAAACUAUUCAUCAAUUGGACCAAUCAAAAGAUCAAACAAACCUUUGUUAAAAGGAAUAUGUUUGAUUUCAAACAUAUCAAACCAUUUCAAUCCCAUCUAGUGGACGCGCCAGGUGCAAUGGUACUCUUUGCAACACCUGGUAUGUUACAUGCCGGUGCAUCUUUAGAAGUAUUCAAAAAAUGGGCACCCAAUGAAUUAAACAUGACAAUUAUACCAGGCUAUUGUGUAGUUGGUACCGUUGGUAAUAAACUAUUAACUACAGGUUCAGAUCAACAGCAACAAAGCAAACCUCAAUCACAAAUGGUUGAAAUUGAUAAAAAAACCACAAUCGAAGUAAAAUGUAAAAUUCACAAUCUCUCCUUCUCUGCACAUGCAGAUGCAAAAGGUAUUCUACAAUUAAUUAAAAUGUCAAAUCCAAGAAAUGUAAUACUAGUACAUGGUGAAAAAGAAAAAAUGGGUUUUUUAUCUCAAAAAAUCAUUAAAGAAAUGGGUGUAAAUUGUUACUAUCCUGCAAAUGGUGUAACAAUUAUAAUUGAUACAAUGAAAUCAAUUCCAAUUGAUAUUUCUUUAAAUUUAUUAAAACGUCAAAUUUUAGAUUAUUCUUAUCAAUAUAAUAAUAAUAAUUUAAAUAAUUUUAAUAAUUUUAAUAACCUUAAUAACCUUAAUAAUAAUAAUAAUAAUAAUAAUAAUAAUAGUUUAAAAUUAAUUGAUAUUAAAAAUAAUACAUCAACAUUAUUUAUAAAUAAUAAUAAUAACAAUAAAAAGAAACAACAAAGUGUUGUUGUUGUUGAAGAAAGUGAAGAAAAUCAAGAUAAUAAUUUAAUUGAAGAAGAAUCAUUUAUAAGUUCAAAUAAUUUAUUAAAGAAAGCUAGAUUACCAAUUUCAACAAUUCCAAUUCAAGGAUUAAUGGUUUCAAAACAAGAUCAAUCAUCAUCAUCUUCAAAUUCUAAUCAAUUAAAAUUACUUGGUAUGAAUGAAGUUUCAAAAGAGUUAUCAAUUAAAGAGAUUGAAAUGCAAUAUAGUUUAAAUUUAAAUUUUAAUAAUAAUACUAGUGAUGAUAAUAAUAAUAAUAAUAAUAAUAAUAAUAAUAAUAAUAAUAAUAAUAAUAAUAAUAAUAAUAAUAAUAAUAAUAAUAAUAAUAAUAAUAAUAAUAAUAAUAAUAAUAAUAAUGAUAAUAUUUCAUUAAAUUUCGAAUUUUUAACAAAUGAAUUACAAAGAUUAUUGCCAAUUGGUAUAAAUAUUGAAAGAUUGGAAGAUUCUUUCUUUAAACCAAUUUCUUUAAAAAUUAAAUCAGUUUCAAUUCAACAUAUUUCAAAUAUGAAUAUAGUUGUAAAAUGGUUACAUAAGGAUGAAAAUUUAGCAACUCAUAUCAUUUCAAUUUUAAAAUCUAUAAACUGA